UGCGAUUGAAACUGCGCGCCACUUUGGCUUGCCGUGCCUGGCGCGCGCUGUCGGUCUGAUCGGAUGCUGCGUGUCAGGCGUAGUUUUUGACUGGCAAUUUUUGCUUCGAACCACUCGUCAAGCUUCGCUUCGAGAUGGAAUAUAUAUCAGAACGUGAAACGUCGGCACGCGAGGACUGGAGCGACGUCAUCGCCACGAAGGACGCACGGGAAAUCCUGAGGCGAGUCAGUUACCCGGACGACGCCACCCGGCGGUCGCUGUACGCGUCGUGGCUGAGAGCCUUCGCCUCCACCAGAUGGCAGGAGUCGUUCGACCGCCUCAUGCUCGAGUGCGUGGCUGCCACGCCGUCGCCGGCUGCCCCCUGGAAGCCGCUGUUCGCCAGCAUCUACAGAGUCGGAGAUGUCAUAUACCUGCCGUCACGGGGUAUGAAAGAGCGCUUGCUGAACCUCGACAAGAUGCCCAAGCUCUUCGCACGAAAGCUCGAGGACGUCGAGCCGCUCCCUUCUUCUCCCGGAUUCAUCGACUUCCUCGCCGACCUGAUACGGAAGAGCCGCAGCUCUCGGGCGGCCCUGAAUGAGGCCGGCCUGAUCAUCGGCUUCUUCAGCCUGGCGCUGGCCGUUGUCGCAGCCAAGCCCGUGAGAGAGGUGCAGGAGUUCUUCCGAACUCGACUGAAGAGGGCGCUGGCCGCGGCUGUGCCCACUUCGUUCGACGGAGACGUGUUCUGCCCCAGCGGCAGGUUCCUGACCGAACUGGCCCGCAAGACGUACUCGGCCGAGGGAAAGGUGAAGCCUUACAUCGUGCUCCUGGUGCUGGGUCAGUAUGCGUACCACGUCGACGCAGCCGAAGCACCGCCGAGCGCCGACGUGAGGUUCCUUGAGGAAGGCUUUCUGACGCCAGCUAAGUUCGGUCACCUGCACAUAAUACAGCUCCUGUACAUCGUGCAAGAGAAGACCGCGCUCAGCGCCAAGGUGCUCAACCGCAUCCUUCGGGAUGGCCACUCGCAAGAGGUACGCAUGUCGAGCCAGCACGUUCGCGAGUUCCUGGCAGACGCUGACAAGCCGAUGCAGCGAACGAGGCCCUGGUGCCGCGCAGCCAGCAUGCGUUUCUUCCCGCACCUCAGUGUAUGCUAUCACGUUGACUACGCCAUGCGACUGACGGCGUUCGUGGCGCCCGACCCCGACGACCUCUUGUGGCAGAGACCGGAGUUUGCCGAUGUGUCAGCGGCACGCGUGAAGGAUGCUCGACUCUGGGCCCGCAACUUCAAGCGAGCCUUGCGGAAAGGAAAUUACGGUACAGCGCCCAGGCUAGACUGCAGCAACGAGUUGGCACGGUUUGAGAAACCCACCGUUAACGCUGUGCGACCUUUCAGGCACUCUUCGUAGCCACAUCGUUAGACUGCCAAGUCAAGCAUCAAGAGCAUGCUGGAACAUUCCACCUUGCUCCAUGCUUAAUGCAGCCCUUAUUGCGAAUCUGGCGAUCGAAGCCGUCCCAAUGCUAUAGGCCCAGCAUCAAGAACAUGCCGGAAUGUUUCACAACGAGGCUUCACCUUGCCUUAUAUGCCAUAAUGUAACCCAAUGAUAGCUUUUUAGCGUCACAAUUCCACUGCCAAGUCGACAUCUAGAACAUACCCAGGGAACUUUCACCUUAAUUUAUUAAGAACAGUUCCUUGGGAUCGUGCAGCCGCUGAAAAACAUUUUGUUGCGAUGCCAUACACGUGAUAAGUGCAUCAAGGGUACGCCGGAAUAUGUUAUCUCGAAGUCUUUCCUUGCCUCUAGUUUUCAUGAAACCAUUUUUGGCACUUUCUGUAUCGUUGUUAUUCCAGUGCGAACGCCAUCAAAGAGAUUACGCUAGAACCAUUUAUUGUUAAACCUUUUCAUGAAAAAUACCGCUACUGCUUAUAGCGAUUUUUUUUCAGCAGUUAAUAAACGAAUUCAGAUGUUAA